UUGUGUUUUCUAUGAGAGGCAGUGGCAGUAAAUCACGUUGUUAUCUUUCUAAUAUCAUCAACUCGGCAAACUGUGCCUUCAAAAUGAAAUGUCUUUAAAAAAUGAUGCAGUGACGCGCAGUGGGUGUUACAGGAAAUCAAAAACCGAGCAGUGCAGCCGGCUAUUUCAGCAGGAAAGCAGAGCUAUUCUAGUCCUAUCCACAGUGCUAUUAAACAUCAUCAUGCCGAGCGCUCUGUUGUUUCUUUUAUUGUUUCCGAAUCCGUGGUUUUGUCUUAUCGAGGGAAAAUCACUCGAAGCAGAUGAAACGUGUGUUGGGAUGCGGAGAGAAGAUCACUCCUACGACUUCGAUCUGCCCGAAACCGUGACCGUGAACGUGCAAAAGGAGGAAUGUGAUCUAGAGUGGACCAUUGAUCAGUCCUUCACAGCAUUCCUGGAUGGAAAUUCUACACACUUUGCUCUUCCCUUCAAAAAAGUAACUCGCCACGGAAUCACAGUGAAUUACUGUCCAGUUUCAGCCAUAUUCCAUGCCAGUUGUCCUAUUUACACCAAGGAGCUCACAUGUUCUUGUACCAAUUCUACUUACAACAAUCCAGUUUUUAACACAUCUCUGCCAUUUGGAGAUAUAUCAUCCUCUGGUUCGUCAAAGAGACAGCACUAUUGUGUCUUUGCUGUUGCUGCCAUGUUUGCCAUAAGCUUUGUUAUUUUGGCUUUCUUCAUCUGCAGGACGAACAGAGCCUCAGCUGAUGAACAAAACCAUCCUGCUUAAGGAGAAUUAACCUGGAGGCAUCUGUACUACUUGCCCAACAAACAACAAUACAUGACGUGGAGUCAUAAUGAUACAUUAUCCUAUAUACAAUUAAUACACUCUAUAUUAUAUUAUAUUAUAUUAUAUUAUAUUAUAUUAUAUUAUAUUAUAUUAUAUUACUCAUUACAGGGCUCGACAUUAACGCUUGUCCGGAACAAGUGGAUUUUUUGAAGGGGCAAGUGAAAGAGAAUUUUACUUGCUUGACCAGACAAGUAGCCUGCUUAAAAUGUCAAUAAUAAUAAUAAUAAUAAUAAUAACUAUGAAUCACCAAAACCUGAGAAUGAUUCUGAUUUUAUUACAUUUAGUGUAAGUGGCAAUCGAUAAAAAGAUAAACUGAUGUAAAAAGAUGUACUGACGGUAACAAUGUUGCCAUUAAGGCUCGCGCACCCUCUGGAGAGCGCAGCACACAAAAAGAAACUCAGUUAAUAUACUACGGUAAACAAUCAAAAUGUAAAGUUUUAUAUUUAUAACAUAAGAUAUGAUACAGUUAAGCAACAUCACACAACUUCCUGAUGGUAUUCACGUUUGAAAAUGCGACACCGAUUUCAUACGACAGUUAAGCAGUUGUUAAUAAUCACUUACAUUUUAGAGGCAAUAUUGAUUAUGUUCUAUUUCAGCAGCAAAAAUAGUUCCAAACAAAUAAUACAGCAGAACCAUAGCGCAUCUCACAGCAACACCCAACCGUGUUUUCAUUACUGAAUGAAUCAGCCGUUUGAACGAAUCGUUUGAAUGAAUGACUCAAUUAUUUAAGACAGUCAAUUACCACCACCUACUGGUGGUUUAGUUUAAUGUUUAUCAUUUUUUAAUAUUUAAAACAAUAUCAUAUCAUUAUUUAAUGCAGUUGUCAUUUUUCAGUGUAAAUAAUUUAAUUUGAUUGGUAACGGCCCUAUAGUGUUUUAUUAUUCGAAUUAAAUUUAUUGAGAUAAGAAUAGAAAUUAUAAAUUUAUUAUAUAAGAUUAGAAAAAAGUCAUUUAUAAAGGUAAAAAAGCCCUCAGAGUAAAUAUUACAAAUAUGCAGAUUUAAAUAUGCUGAUAGAACACUGAUGAGAAUAUUUCUUUAGAAUAAAUUUACAUUUACACAACCGGACAUGCCAUUUUUUUACUCGGACAAGUGAAUGACCGAUUUCAAGCACAUGACAAGGCUUAAUGUGGAGCCCUGUAUUAUAUUAGUUUCAUAUUAUAGUAUGUUAUAUUAUAUUAUAUUAUUAGACCAACAACACUGGGAUUUCAACACUGUCAGUAUCACUCCGCUUAUCUGUGUUUGUACGUUCCAUUAUUGGUGGAGAUUUUACAUUGACAUGGUUACAUGCAGUGAUGGGUGUGAUGCAUUAAUAAGUAAUUAAUUACUGUAAUUUAAUUACUUUUCCAUUGAAAAAAAUAAAGUAAGGAAUUACUCAUAAUUUAAUUAGCUACUUCUGAUGUAAUUGCAUUAAAUAAUGUAACAAUAGUGGAUUUAACAUAAAAAUGUAACAUCUAAUGAUAAUAUGUAUGUUUUUAAUGUAAACUUCUCCAUUUAAAUACUUUGGUCAGUUCAAGAAUAAUUUAUGCAAUUUUAUAUUACUCAUUUGAAAGAAUUAAAAGAGCAGUUUCAAGUCCUUAUUGUUCAACUGGUCAUGGUUGAAAUGGAAUUUAGAAAGUAAUCAGUAGUAAUAAGUAAUGCAAUACUUUUUAGAAAGUAAUUAAAAAUUAUAUUAUAUUAUAUUAUAUUAUGAAGGCUAAUAUAAAUGUUUUAAGUUUGUAUUUCCUCCCAGAAUGGCAGAUGGCACCUAAUUUACAAUAUUUCCCUGCCUCUUUAGUUUGUGUUAUGUGUAGAAUAUUCACAAGAGGUCACUGUCUGCACAGUUUUAGACAUUAUUUGUAAUUUCACAUGCAGUGCUGUGUCUAUCUUGCCUUCUUGUUUGUUUUUGCUCAUGUGUUAUUUGUUAUCUUGUUUGUUUCAUACUGUACGUUAGUUCUGGGCAACCAUUUUUCGACUGUCGUAUUUGUUACUGUUGUCUUCUUCUGUAGCUAUCAUUUACUCUGGUUAUUCUGAAACUGCCAUUAAACUUUGCGAAUGGUUCCUC